CGCCAACUUGGGCUCGCGCUUCCCGGCCCGGCGCGGAGCCCGGGGCACCCGGAGCCCAGCCAUGUCGCGAUCCAACCGGCAAAAGGAGUACAAAUGCGGGGACCUGGUGUUCGCCAAGAUGAAAGGCUACCCACACUGGCCGGCCAGGAUUGACGAGAUGCCUGAGGCUGCAGUGAAAUCAACAGCCAACAAAUACCAAGUCUUUUUUUUCGGGACCCAUGAGACGGCAUUCCUGGGCCCCAAAGACCUCUUCCCUUACGAGGAGUCCAAGGAGAAGUUUGGCAAGCCCAACAAGAGGAAAGGGUUCAGCGAGGGGCUGUGGGAGAUCGAGAACAACCCUACCGUCAAGGCUUCUGGCUACCAGUCCUCCCAGAAAAAGAGCUGCGUGGAAGAGCCGGAGCCAGAGCCCGAAGCCCCAGAGGGCGAUGGUGACAAGAAGGGGAAUGCUGAGGGUAGCAGUGAUGAGGAAGGGAAGCUGGUCAUCGACGAGCCCACCAAGGAGAAGAAUGAGAAGGGGGCGCUGAAGAGGAGAGCAGGGGACCUGCUGGAGGACUCCCCAAAACGUCCCAAGGAGACAGAAGACCCGGAGGGGGAGGAGAAGGAGGUGGCCAGUUUGGAGGGUGAGCGGCCCUUCCCUGUGGAAGUGGAGAACAGCACCCCCUCUGAACCCAGCUCUGGCCGGGGGCCUCCGACAGAGGAGGAGGAGGAGGAAGCAGCCAAGGAAGAUGCUGAGGCCCCGGGCGUCAGAGAGAAUGAGAGCCUGUAGCCACCAAUGUUUCAAGAGGAGCCCCUGCCCCGUUCCUGCUGCUGUCUGGGUGCUACUGGGGAAACUGGCCAUGGCCUGCAAACUGGGAACCCUUUCCCCACCCCAACCUGCUCUCUUCCACUCACUCUCCCUCCCCAAGCCCAGCCCCUGGAGAUUGACCUGGAUGCGGCAGGCUACCUGGCCCUUAGCUCCAUGUCGCCUCCAUGUCUCCACACCCCUGGGAUCUGAGUCAGGGCCAUGUCUUGUGCUCCAUGGGAUGAGAUGAGGCCAUUAUAUCCCUCCCUGCCUGGAGCUGUGUCCCACGGUUUCUGGGCGAGCUGUCUCCACCUCCUUACACCCCUUAGCCCCUUCCCUGGGCAUUGUGGAUCUCUGGGUUGGUUGGGAUCAGAGUUAGGAGUAGAAAGGGUGGGCUUCUGGGGCCUGAGGGGGACAAUCCUCAACUUGGGGUGAUGAAGUGGGCAGGAGGAUGGCAUCUUCUUGAGCUCUUGUCCCUUCUCCCACACCUAUUAUCCCAGCUGCCUAGAUUCAGGGAAAGUGGGACAGCUAGUGGGGGAGGGACUCCUUUCCAUAAGCCCUUGAUGAUUGAUAACACUCAUUCUUCCCUUUGCUAAUCCCAGGAGUUCUAGAGGUUGUUACUCAUCAGAAGAUUUUGGGGCUUCCAGUUGUUUGGGGCAAGGACCUGGGAUCUGAAGGGUUGACUCACCCAGCUUAGGUGGGAGUAUUGAGGAAUAGCUGUCCCCUUUUAGAUCUUGGGCCAGAGAUGUGAUACCCUGGGGAGAUCCCUAGCUGCCCAUCACCUCUCCCCACAGUGCUCAAGGCCAGCCUACAGUCACAUGUCACCCAGACAUAAAGGAGAAGACACAUUUUUUAGGAAAUGUUUUUAAUAAAAGAAAAUUAAAAAAAAAAAAAUUAAAGACCCCUAUCCCUUUGUGUGCCCCCCACUCUGCUCCUUUCUUCCCCACUGUUGCCCUCAUUUCUGAGGUACACUGGGAGGCUCCCCUUCUGUUUGGGCUUGAUGACUUUCCUUUUGUAGCUGGGGCUUUGGUGUUCCUUCUGGUGUCAUUUCCCAUCCAUAUACUCCCACCUGGUGCCCUCAGUAUUGUCAACAGAUCUGAUUUGUAAACCCACUGAGAGGACGGGGAAAUGAAUGCCCUCUCCCAACCUCUUUCUAGUGGUCUCUAUGCCUCUUCCAUCUCGUGUCCCUGUCACCCUUGUCCCUCUCCCUAGGGCUCUGAUGAAAAAUUGCUGACUGUAGAAGUUUAGCUCUCAGAACCGUAGACAAUUUCAGUUCUAGGAAAAUAAACCCAUUGAUUACUA